GCCUUCUUCGCCCAACUGCUUGCGGAUUUGGAGCAUGACGAGGUGCCGACAGGACCGGACGCGACCAGCGAGGAGCAGCUGUGGGCCGCCCAUCUGCCGCCCAGCGCCCCAGCGGACUUCAGCGCGGAAGAUCGAGCACUGCGUGCUCUCCUGGUGUCGUUCUACAAAAGCCGCAAUCCAGAAAACCUCUCCAGCGUCAACGCCAUCGUCAGCAGCUACUCUGGGGACAGCUGCGAGCUCUGGGCACAGCUGGGGGUGAAGUACCAAGUGCCACCAGUGGAGGCAGUGCAUCUGCUGUCGAAGACGCUUUACCCCUCGGAGGUGUCGCAAAGUGCCAGCAGUGCCAGCGCCAGCGCCGCGACGGAAGCGGAGCUCACAGCGCUGGUGGAACGAGAAGGAGUCGACGCGAUCCGCUCCUUCCUUACCUCGCGACCGGAGCCCACCCGGGAGCUGCGGGCGCUGUGCUGGAAACUGCUGCUGGGGUACUUGCCAAUAGCCAGCCCAGCAGAGUGGCGCAGGGUCCAGCAGGGGCGACGCGAUGCCUUUGCCAGGCGCUGGAAGGACUCCCUUCGCAUGGAGGGGCAGGACAUCUUCCUUCUAUCGGCGGACCAUUUGAAGGAGAGGUUGGAGGCAUUGAAGGACGAGGUGGAACAAACUGUGCGCCACUUUCAGCACAAGGUGCAGCAGGGCUCCUUGCUGUCCAUCAUGGCUCUGUACUUGGUCUCCUCCGAUGGUAAUUUGCCAUUGGUGCAGGGCAUGACUCACAUGGCCGCCGUGCUGCUCUACGUCUUCACCGCUGCCGCGGCGCCCAGCGAAAUCGCCGGCGCCGAGGCAGACGCCUUCUGGUGCUUCGCGGCGUUGCUGGCGGAGAUCAAGACACGCAUAAGUGAUGUUCAACACAGCACUGCCUCGGUGCAUGGAUUGGUUGGCACCUCUGACAGCCUGUUGUGCAAGUACGACAGCGAGUUGGCUCAGCACUUUGAAGCUUUGGGCUUCGAGCCUGGAGUGGUCUGCUUGCGUUGGUUUAUGCUCCUAUUGGCCAAAGAUGCUGAACUCCUGGAGCUGCUGAUCUACUGGGACGCCUUUUUGGCGGAUCUGAAGCGCUUCGAACUGGCAGGAUACCUCUGCCUAGCCUUCCUCCUGCACCACCGCGAUGCGCUGUUGGAGUCCUCGAGUCUUUUGGAUUUAGCCGAGCUUCUGCAGCAGCUGCCGAGCCGAUCAUCCGUGCUCCGCGUGGCGGUGGCCUUGCGGCGCUUCGAAGAGCGCUCUGCGAAGGGGACGAUGCCGCCGUUCCCACAGAGGAGCGGAGUGGAAGUGGUGCAAGGCGUGGCAGGAGCCUUCUUUUCGGGCAUUUUCUCGAACUUCUGA